CAGUACGCGUUGAACUUUGGAUGAUAUAUAAAUGCUAGUUAAACCUUGAAUAUAUCUAUUUCUUUAUAAAGUUUCUGUUUACAAGUGCUUACUGAUUUCUGAAAGCGUACAUUGCGGUUUGCCAGGUUUCUCGCGAUUUGUUCAAACAUCCGUCUAAAACGCGUCUCACCAUCUUUGGUUGCUAGCCAAUUUUAAGCUGGUAGAAGCUUGAAAGCUUCUGUUUGUUCUUGGGAAGCACUAAAUUACCAUAAAAAUUACGCCUCGUCUCUUUGGAGUUGGCUUGCUUUGAAAAAGCACAAAAUAACUUUGGAGGGGGUUUGACCUUUUUGACAUGUGAGAAGAAGUGUUUUUAAGCAUGCUUCGUAUACUUUCAAGUCAAGAAUUUUUUCAAGCGCUGGACUUUGCCAAUAAUAGUGACCCUACAAAAUCUGUACAUAUUUUCGAUCUUCGACUUCGGUCUAAUUAUACUCGUGGCCACGUAAAAAAUGCAAUAAAUGUUUCCUUACCAAGUGCUUUGCUUCGCCGCCCUUCCUUUGACAUUGGUAAAGCGUUCGCAUGUCUAAAUGGGAUUAUCAAGAUCACAGACUUGGAUGACUUGUCUAGCCUGUUUAUAUACGAUGCAGCAAUUGCUGGUUUGAAUCGUAUUCAUGAUUUUAUUAGAAAAUUCCGUCGUGGUGGAUAUUCCAAUAGUAUUUAUGUUUUGUCUACAGGUUUCGAGGAGUUUGCUAAAUCUCAUCCAGACAUGGUAGACUAUGACAAUCCUUCUCAGUCUAUCGAUUUUUGUAUGUUUGACGCCGUUCUUCCAAAGCAAAAUAACUUUCUAGAACUCCUUGAUCCGACUCCUGCAUCUACGACACUCUCGCCGGACUAUAGCUUUCCCCUACGUGUCCCUAUAAAAAUUCCUACCCCUGUAUUUUCUCCUUCCGUUACUUCGAGUGCAUUUAGCGAAUGUUCAAACCAACUAGAGUACUUUGCUAGUCCUACAUCUCUCUCUCCUAAACCUCCUCACACCGAAAAACCUCAGACACCCCAGCUGACUUCUACCAUGAACUCGAUGGCCCCUACUGUGAACGAUGUUCCCUUUGUACCGAUAUCUCCUUCUCUAUCCCAUAACUGUCCUGAUCCAAUGACUCCGGUUGAAAAAAAACCUAACCCUUUAUCUUCUUCCAUACCUCUAAAGUCUCCUUCCUCUAGACCGGCAUUGCGUUCGUUGUUUUCAUUUCCAUCUAGUCCCAGAAGGAGGCCUUCCUUGUUACGUUCCCGGAGUUCUUCUUCUUCUUCUUACAGCGGUCUCGCUUCACCCCAACAUACACCUGGUCAUCCACAGAUAUCUAGAAAGAACUCUACAAAUGCUAACCUUGAAAAAAUUGCAAAUUCGGUAAAGAUCCAAUCUAAAGAUUUCUCCGAAAAUAAUCCAAGAUCCAGCAAGAAACUGUUGCCAAAAAAAUCUGGUAGUUUACGAAGGAAAAAUAAACCAUCCUUUGGAAGGGAUUUUGAGGGGGCCUUCUCUACGGUGGGAAAUAAAAAUACUUUUCCUAAUCCUUGGGGAUCUUUUAAACAAGCAACGCCUCCUCCAGCGGAGAUGAUGGCUGACUUGAAUACAGCUUCAAUCUUCUACAAGUUCAGUCGUCUAGAAGAACUUGAGCAAAAGAGACGUAUACUAUCCAAUGAUGCAGGAUCAGAUUGGUCUUGUCUAGCAUCUAGCAAGAGUUUCCGCUUGAACUCUAAAAACCGCUACACAGAUAUCGUACCUUAUGAUAGGACCCGCGUCCUUUUACCUCACAAGGAUGAAAACCAUAAUUACAUUAAUGCUUCACAUAUAGUUUUUGAUGCCGCCCAUUACAUAGCUAGUCAGGCACCACAGCUCGAUACCCUAGUAGACUUUUGGGAAAUGAUUUGGCAUAACACAGGUUCUGAUGGGGUCAUUGUGAUGCUAACAGACUUGUUUGAGGCAGGAAAUGAAAAAUGCGUGCUGUAUUUUCCUGAUGAUAUGCAUUCGCUGAUGCAGCUUACGCCAACAAUGAGUGUGGAGUUAUUGGAAAAAGUAACACUAGAUGACUAUCGUCUAGAAUGUCGUACUUUUUGUCUUCGAAAUUCCUCUGAAGUCAAAGUUGUCCGGCAUUAUUGGUUCCGUACCUGGACCGACGGGGAAUGCCCCGGUACUUUACCCAAGGUAAUUGAUGCUGUAAAAUACAUUAACAAAGUUCGAAAUACUGGCCCUGUUUUUGUACAUUGUUCAGCCGGUGUUGGACGUACCGGUACGUACAUUGCGCUUGCUCAGCUGGUUGACAUACCUCCGAGUAUGUUGCCAAAGGUUGCCAAUUUGGAGGAUUCACAAGAUCUCGUAUUUCAAGUAGUUAAUACUUUACGAUGUCAUCGCAUGAAAAUGGUUCAGACAUUUAAUCAGUUUCGGUUUUUAUAUUCAGUUGCUAGUUAUAUAUCGGACCCUUCGCUGAAUAGUGGAAUGUGCCAUAAUGAAGGGACAGCCUAAUAACUCUUUGCAUUAUGGUAUUUAUUUUUUUAUUUAUUUUUUUUUAAGAGGAAAAAAAAAAAACAAAAAAGAAGUAUGUCAGCUCGACUUUAUAUGCCCCUUUUAAAAGAAAAUUUCUUUGCAUUCAGUGGAAUUGUUCUCUUAAAAGUUCGAGCUUCAUCAUGUCCUUGUUAUGAUUCAUUUUAUUUAUAUUUUCAUUCCUGUCAUUGUCAUUGUUAUAAUCAUCAUUAUUUAUUGUGUACGACGAAGAACGAGAAUAUUAUUAUUAUUUAUAUAUAGAGAUUGCUGUUCAUAAAAGCAAAAGAUUAUGCAUAAAAAUAGACUGUUUUUAAUUUUUACGAAUAAAAGAAUUCAUAAAUUCUGUUUUGGUUCAAACAUCAAGCAAGGAGAG